AUGACGCCUCCGACGGCCACCUCCCUCAUCCUCCUUGUCCUCGCCGCCGUCACCAUGGCCGCCGCGGCGGACGGCCCGCCCGCCACCUACCUGUUCUUCGUCGACCCCACACCGCCCGGCGUCACCUGCAUGCAGUACCACCUCGGCAUCCUCACCGCCGCCCUCGGCAGCGAGGAGAAGGCGAAGGCGGCCAUCAUAUACAACUACAAGAACGUGGUCAGCGGCUUCUCGGCGAGGGUCACGCCGGCCGAGCUCGAGGCCAUCAAGAAGCAACCGCAUGUGAACCGGGCGCUGCCGAGCGCGACGAUGCAACUCAUGAGCAGCAACUUCGACGGCGUCAGCUGAUCCAAUCUAGUCCUGCCCAUCCAUUCGUCUGAUUCGGGUUGUGUACUGAUUCUCUGGAGAAGCGAAUAUCUUUUUAUUUUUUAUUUUGCCAAGAUCGGAUGAUGAUGUAAUCUCAAUAGCUAAGCUCUUACUAAUUUUCAUGUGUGCCUGCUGUCUAUUUGUGGUUCUAGUUGUGCAAUCUGCAGGAAUGUGCAUGUCCAUGCAGAUAAUGCACAAUCGCCCCAAAAUGAUUCCUUAAGCUUCAGUCAACCAUCUCAGAGAUCACAUAUACUACUAGUAUUUGUUUUUGAGAUUAGAGAGAGGUGAGGGUUUGGUUGAAGGUCACAAAACCGAUAAGUAUAUGUGGACAUAAUUUUGUUUUUGAGGACAUUAUGUAUGGACAUAAUAUUGUAAAGUUUUGUUUGAUA